CCGCGCUCGGCUCCCGCGGCCGCUCCUCCGCCGGUGUCUCCGGCGGCUCCCGAGCGAGAGGCCCGAGGGUGUCGUGGGGCCGCGCGCGGCGCACUCGCGGGCCGAUGGACUCCAGCGCCCCUCUGCCGGGCCCCUCCCAACCACAGGCCCCACCAGCCUCGCAGCCCCAGGCCCGCUCCCGGCUCAAUGCCACUGCCUCAGUGGAGCAGGAGGACAGCGAAGCACCCCGAGCUUCUGGGGCCCAGGCUGGCCCUGGCCCAGGUGUGGGAGAUGCAGCUGCCCCAGCCGAGCCCCAGGCCCAGCGCACCAGGAGCCGAGACAGAGCAACUGGGCUUAGAAGGGGAGAUGCGGGAAUCCCCUUUGAAGAAGUCCUGGAGAAGGCUAAGGCCGGCGACUCGAAGGCGCAGACGGAGGUGGGGAAACACUACCUGCAGUUGGCCAACGAUGCAGAUGAAGAACUCAACAACUGCACUGCCGUGGACUGGCUGAUCAUGGCUGCGAAGCAGGGCCGGCGGGAGGCCGUCAAGCUGCUUCGCCGGUGCUUGGCGGACAGAAAAGGCAUCACGUCUGAGAACGAGCAGGAAGUGCGGCAGCUUUCGUCCGAGACUGACCUGGAGAGGGCCGUGCGCAAGGCGGCCCUGGUCAUGUACUGGAAGCUCAACCCCAAGAAGAAGAAGCAGGUGGCCGUGUCAGAGCUGCUGGAGAACGUUGGUCAGGUCAACGAGCACGAUGGAGGGGCGCAGCCAGGCCCUGUCCCCAAGUGCCUGCAGAAACAGAGGCGGAUGCUGGAGCGCCUGGUCAGCAGCGAGUCCAAGAACUACGUCGCACUGGACGACUUUGUGGAGAUCACCAAGAAGUAUGCUAAGGGCAUCAUCCCCACCAACCUGUUCCUGCAGGACGACGAUGACGACGAGCUGGCAGGGAAGAGCCCCGAGGACCUGCCGCUGCGCCUGAGGGUGGUCAAGUACCCCCUGCACGCCAUCAUGGAGGUCAAAGAGUACCUGAUCGACGUGGCCUCCCGAGCGGGCAUGCACUGGCUGUCUACUAUUGUCCCCACGCACCACAUCAACGCCCUCAUCUUCUUCUUCAUCAUCAGCAACCUGACCAUCGACUUCUUCGCCUUCUUCAUCCCGCUGGUGGUCUUCUACUUGUCCUUCAUCUCCAUGGUGAUCUGUACCCUCAAGGUCUUCCAGGACAGCAAGGCCUGGGAGAACUUCCGCACCCUCACGGACCUGCUGCUGCGCUUCGAGCCCAACCUGGACGUGGAGCAGGCCGAGGUCAACUUUGGCUGGAACCACCUGGAGCCCUAUGCCCACUUCCUGCUGUCUGUCUUCUUCGUCAUCUUCUCCUUCCCCCUGGCCAGCAAGGACUGCAUCCCCUGCUCGGAGCUGGCCGUCAUCGCCACCUUCUUCACCGUGACCAGCUACCUGAGCCUGAGCACCCACGCAGAGCCCUACACCCGCAGGGCCCUGGUCACCGAGGUGGCUGCCGGCCUGCUGUCCCUGCUGCCCUCAGUGCCCCUGGACGGGCACUAUCUGAAGGUCCUUGGCCAGACCUUCCUCACUGUGCCCGUCGGCCACCUGGUCGUCCUAAACAUCAGCGUCCCCUGCCUGCUGUAUGUCUACCUGCUCUACCUCUUCUUCCGCAUGGCCCAGCUGCGGAACUUCAAGGGCACCUACUGCUACCUGGUGCCCUACCUGGUCUGCUUCAUGUGGUGCGAGCUCUCCGUGGUCAUCCUGCUGGAGUCCACUGCGCUAGGGCUGGUCCGAGCAUCCAUCGGCUACUUCCUCUUCCUCUUUGCCCUGCCCAUCCUGGUGGCCGGCCUGACCCUUGUGGGCGUGCUGCAGUUCGCCCGGUGGUUCGUGUCCCUGGAGCUCACCAAGAUCGCAGUCACCAUGGCCGUCUGCAGCGUCCCCCUGCUGAUCCGCUGGUGGACCAAGGCCAACUUCUCGGUGGUGGGGAUGGUGAAGUCCCUGACGCGGAGCUCCAUCGUCAAGCUGAUCCUGGUGUGGCUCACGGCCAUUGUGCUCUUUUGCUGGUUCUACGUGUACCGCUCGGAGGGCAUGAAGGUCUACAACUCCACGCUGACCUGGCAGCAGUACGGCGCCCUGUGCGGGCCGCGGGCCUGGAAGGAGACCAACAUGGCCCGCACCCAGAUCCUCUGCAGCCACCUGGAGGGCCACAGGGUCACAUGGACGGGCCGCUUCAAGUAUGUCCGGGUGACUGAAAUCGACAACAGCGCUGAGUCGGCCAUCAACAUGCUGCCCUUCUUCAUUGGCGACUGGAUGCGCUGCCUCUACGGCGAGGCCUACCCCGUCUGCAGCCCUGGCAACGCCUCCACGGCGGAGGAGGAGCUGUGCCGCCUCAAGCUCCUGGCCAAGCACCCCUGCCACAUCAAGAGGUUUGACCGCUACAAGUUCGAGAUCACCGUGGGCAUGCCCUACAGCAGUGCUGCCAACAGCAGCCGCAGCCGGGAGGAAGAUGACGUCACCAAGGACAUCGUGCUGCGGGCCAGCAGCGAAUUCAAGAGCGUGCUGCUCAACCUGCGCCAGGGCAGCCUCAUCGAGUUCAGCACCAUCCUCGAGGGCCGCCUGGGUAGCAAGUGGCCCGUCUUCGAGCUCAAGGCCAUCAGCUGUCUCAACUGCAUGGCCCAGCUCUCACCAGCCAAGCGGCACGUGAAAAUUGAGCACGACUGGCGCAGCACUGUGCAUGGUGCCAUCAAGUUCGCUUUCGAUUUCUUCUUCUUUCCGUUCCUGUCUGCAGUGUGAGGACGCACCUGCUGGCCAGAGGGGGUUGUCCCAGUGCAUGUUGCUGUGAGGACUUCCCCAGUGUGGCCCCAGCCAGUGGGAGCACGCUAAUGCUGUGUGUGUGUGCUCGCGUGUGCAGACCCAGGGCUUCGGAGACCUUUGCUCGUGUGUAGACUGCUCGGACCCCACCAGUGAAGGGUGACACUGUUUAGCUGUCCACUCUGGACACCAGGCGUGGCUGGGAAGUGCAUGCAGUCUCCACCCCAACCCCGACCUUUCCGAGCGAAGCAGGUGUGCCAGGCUAGGCUAGAAAGAUUCCUGUGUCCCAAAAAGCACUUUACAGACAAGCUUCUCCCUCCUCCCCACCACCUCUGAGCACUCUGCUGUCCCUCUUUACUCCUGUGUUGGAUUGGGGUUUUUUUAAGAACCAAAUAUGCAUCUGUGUAAACUGCACGGCAGCAUUUAUUUUUUUGGUCACUGCUAAGCCUUGACAACUGUUGGCCUUUCCCGGGGGAUGUGCACAGCUGCCCGAGCCUGUGACGUGGUCCAGGGCUGGCCCCAUCCUGCCCGUUGGAGGCUGGGUGACGGACUCUGGGUGCAUCGACGACUUCUGUCCUGUCUGCAGUGUGAGGACGCACCUGCUGGCCGGAGGGGUCGUCUCUGGGUGCUGAGAGUGCGUCCGAGCUGAGCUCUGGCACCCCGGCCAUCUUGGGGCCUCCUGUGCUGCGUGCAGGGUGCGUUUGUGAGGGCCUUGCCCGAGCCCACCAGGGCUCGGGCAACAACCCUGGGCGUCUCUCCAGCGCCCAGAGGAGCCUACGUGUUCCGUGCCACAGAGCAGAAAGCCAGGCUCCUAAAGUGGCCGAAAUAAAAGCCUCUGGUGAAAUCUACAGUUCUUUUAUUUAUUUAAAAGAAGGCUUUCUUGUACAUGCAUGAGAAUCAAUGCUGUCUACACACAGUUGAAUGAAAUGCAAGUAUAGUGUGAGCCACAGAAGAGCGGGACUGCCGUUCGCAUAGCUGGCCCUGCGAGGGCAGAGCCUGCCUCCGUCUCCAGCUCGAGGGGCCUGUGGUGCCUGCCCUCACCGUUGGGCUGCCUGUGCCAACACAUCUGUGCUGCAGGUGACCACGGACAGUCAGCCCCACUGUAGACUCAGAUCUUACUGGAUGGGAAGGACAUAGUCACAAUUUUUGAAAUUCUAAUCACUAAUGAAACGGACCAUCGUGGUGAUCCAUAGCUGGGGGCUGCCACGGGGUACAGAAACGUGUUUAUGAAGCCGUGUCCUGCAUUCAGUCAGAGCGUACGGUGGUGACCCUAUAGACUUACAAUUAGAACUUGUUUUGGGGGGAGCUGGAGCAGCUGGGGGCACCUGAGCAGACUUCGCCUCUCGGGGGCAUGUGUGUCCACCAUAGGCGCUCAGCUCUUCAAUUUCUUCCCUGGGGUGAGGAUAAGGCCCACCCCCCCCCCUGCUGGCUGCCCCACAGUGGGUCCCAUUUUUCUGCUGUGGUUGGGAAACUAGGGUUGUCACACACUGCUGCAGUUGGCCACCUUGCCUUGACCAUUCAACAUGUGGCUGUCUCCAUUUUCCUCGGACGUCAUUCACAGCACCUGGUGGGUGGCAGCUGCACCCCGCCCUGUUCACUCAUCCUGGUUUACCCCUCUGCCUGGGGGGUCUGUGUGAAGUCCCAUGUGCUGGGUGCCAGGAGAUGUCAUCACUCUGUGCUGUGUGUUUGCUCCUGGGUUUCUUUCCCAGGCAACAAGAUGAGGUUAAAGUUC